GUAACAGAAACAACUGAAAAUUAAGGUAAAUUACAUAUAUGAGCAUACGAGAACGAGAGAGGGAGGGAGAGCUGUUCUCUGAAUUAAGUCGUGCUUCGAGUUCAACCUGAAAUGUUCUCUUCUUUCAUUUACCUUCUUUAUCUCUGAGAGCUUUGUGAAAGGUUGAAUCAUCUCUUUGAAUUCAGAGAUUUCUGUGUAAAAAUGUCUCCAAAUGCAAUUAAGAAAUCUGGAAUUAUCCAUCAUUCUUUUAAGGGUAUUCCCGCCAAAAGUUCUGCUCUAAUGGGAGAACAGUUGUUGAUUUGUUCUCGUGGAAGAUAGAAGGUCUAGAUAGGCAUUGUGGCGGUAAGAAAACGUUGGUCUUGAGGUCGACCCAAAAAGUUGAAAGUAUUGGCUGAAAGUCUAGGAUUUUCUUUUCCUUUUGUUCUCUUCUCGUCGAUUUCAAUCUGCUUAAAUUUCUUCCUUCGAGAAUCGUUGUUUGAUUGAAAGUAGAGUUAGCACCAAACUAAACGAAGGGUUCUACGGUUAUCCUGAAAUUUAUGGCUAAAUGCUCGAACAGAGUGAAUUGCGUAGAGGUUUUCGUCACUGAUCUUGCUAAUUUGAUUUUCUAGUGACCCUGAGGACUUGGAAGACCGCAGUUUGAUUAAGUGUAGGGUUCCUCUACUUUUAGUUAUCGAGGGAGAGGUAGAUGGAUCAUCUGCUGCUUCCUACUGUUGGACCUCCCAUAAAAAGGCGAGCUGGUUUGCGAAGGAAACAGGCGGGAAGAGGUUCUUACAGAGGCAGUUAAAGACUGGAGUUGAGAAACUUUGUGUGGGUUUCAAGGUUUAAACCUGGGAAUUUUGUCGGAGUGUGAGAAUUUUGGUCGGUCAAAAAUGGGUACUCUGUUGCAGCAAACCCUCAGAAGCCUCUGUUUCAACACAGAGUGGAAAUAUGCCGUCUAUUGGAAGCUUAAACGUAGAGCCCGCAUGAUGUUGAUUUGGGAGGAUGCUUAUUAUGAUAAACCUGAACAAUCCAAUCCUUCAGAGUAUAUGUGCUUUAGAGAUGCCCAUGUGAAGAUAAAUGAUGGACUACAGGAUCCGCUUGGAUUAGCCCUGGCAAAGAUGUCAUACCUUGUAUAUUCUCUAGGGGAAGGGAUUAUUGGUCAAGUGGCACUUACUGGAAGACAUCAAUGGAUUUUUUCAGAUACUCAUACAUCUAGUUCUUGGUCAUCAUCUGAGUACUGUGAUGGAUGGAAAACUCAAUUUGCAGCUGGGAUUAAAACAAUUGCUGUUGUAGCUGUUGUUCCACAUGGAGUUGUACAACUUGGCUCUUUAAAUACUGUUAUUGAAGAUUUGAARCUGGUAACCCAUGUAAAGGAUGUAUUUUAUUCACUUCAAAAUUCCUGUAUGGAAUUUCUGGCCAAUCCAAUGCAAAAUACGAAGAUGGCCACCUUAUGUCCGUCAGAGAUAUCAGCUAAGUGCUUAGACAGAGUAGAUAAAGCUGUCAAGAAAAGAAGUCAUGAUUUUCAUUCUCACUUGUUGCCAUCUAUUGGGAAACAUUUAAAUGAUGUUGUUGCAUUGCCUGGUCCCCAUGGAAAAGAGGCAGUUGAAAUGCUUGAUGAACAUAUAGGAGUUAAAUCCCCUACAUUUAUAGGUGAUGAGAGUACUCAGUUUCUUUAUCCAAGGUCCAGAAUCUGCAGUUUGGAUAACCAAAAAGAGGUGGAUAUGAAAAUGUUCAAGAACAAAAAAUACAGAGAGGAAAUUAACAGGUGGAAGGAUUGUGUUGGCUCAAUACAGAAUGAUGCAUCAGUAUCACAAGAUUUACUCAAUACAACAAUAAAUAUUACAAAGCCCCUUCCUAAACCUGAAGGAGGUCGCCCUUUCUUGCCUCCAGAUCUCCUUGAACCUGCAGUAGAUAUGGUUAAGUGUUUUGGAGUUCAUCUUCAGAAUAAGGAACUCCACAUACCUGAGCCACUUGAAGUGCAACGAGGAAAAGGCUCAGAGGAUAAUAUGAAGUUCAGGACUGAGAUAAAUUGCACAAAUACUGUAGACAAUUCACUUAAGUUCUCUACUGUCUGUGAGCUGCAUGAAGCCCUUGGACCAGCUUUUAGGAGAGAGCAGCAGUGUUUUCCUUGGAAUGAGGCUGAGGGGGCAGGAAGUGGUAUUCCAAUUGAGCUCCAAGAGGGAAUGGAUUAUAACCAGUUUAUGUUAGAGAGUGGGUCAGAACAUCUACUAGACGCAGUGGUUGCAAAUGCUUGCCAGGGUACUAACAAUGUUAAGAGUGACACAUUUUGUAAAUCAGUAGAGUCACUAAUAACAACUAAAAAAAUAAAAGAGCUUCCUUCCCACAUUAAGCAUCCUUGUACAGCAGGUGGACUGCCUGAAUCUUCUGUUGAAGAGGAUUCACAUUGCAGCUUGGCUUCUACCUGGGGUUCAACAGAAUCAAGGGUUGUAAGGUCCCAAAAAGAAUUAUCAUUGACAACUCUAAGUGCACAUAGUGAGCAGUUGGAAAGGCAAGUAGAACCACCUAAAAUAAAUAGAAAGAGGACUAGACCUGGUGAAACUUGUAGGCCUAGGCCAAGGGAUAGACAACUGAUCCAAGAUCGUGUCAAAGAGCUUCGAGAGCUUGUGCCUAAUGGGUCCAAGUGCAGUAUCGAUGCACUGCUGGAGCUCACAAUCAAGCAUUUGCUCUUUCUUCAGAGUGUCACUAAGCAUGCUGAUAAGCUAAGGAGAUGUGCUGAAUCAAAGACAAUGGAUCUACUAGGAUCCUGUAGUCAUGAUCAUGGUUCAAGCUGGGCUCUAGAAGUAGGAAGCCAGACAAAUUCUUGCCCUGUAAUAGUGGAGAAUCUUAACAUGAAUGGGCAGAUGCUUAUAGAGAUUUUGUGCGAGGAUUGCAACCAUUUUCUUGAGAUAGCUGAAGCCAUUAGAAGAUUGGGACUUACAAUCUUAAAGGGUUUGACAGAAGCUCAUGGCAAAAAGACAUGGGCUUGUUUUAUUGUUGAGGAGCAGAAUAACAAAGGCAUGCAUAGAAUGGAUAUCUUGUGGUCGCUUAUGCAGUUUUUGCAACCCAAAGCAACCGUCUGAUUCUAUUGUUAGCCAAUAUGAAGUGAUGGGAGGUGGAGGUUCACUUGUAAAUACAGAGACACAGCUUUGUAGGUGCAUGAGUGGCGUUUCCAUAACAUGCGUCUUCUUUCUGUAUUUGCUAUUAAUAAUUUAUUAUAUUAUUUUUUUUUAAGUUUUAUGUAAUACGACUUGAUAGUUUGAAGAUAAUAUUGAUAUAUUUUUGUUAGCGUUUUUUUUUAACUAAGGUAUUUUGUCCCAGAGCUUUCGCUUUCUAUUUUUAUUGCAAUUUUGCCCCAUGGCCUGUGUUAAGUGUUGACCCAUCAGAAUGCUUGUCAACCAUUGCAUGUCUACACUAGGAAGCACAGGAAGGCAAACGACUCCCAUCAUUCUGCCCUGUAGUGUAUUGAUAGAGCACAUUCUCCUAUGAACUAUGAAGUAUGAACCAGUUCCAAAUUCAUUGUAGAUUGAUUCAAAAAUUGGAUAAAUGACGAGGAUAAAAAUUUUUAUCAUGUAGUUGUUACCAAAAAAGAACUAGUAUUUAUUUUUUCCCAGAAAAGGAAUUCAUGAAUUGGGCUCAGGUUUGCCAAUGAAGCAAUUAAACUUAGCAAAUCCAUAGACAGGUAGUCAAUCUCAUCUCAUAAUUUAACACUGGACAUGGCACUGAACGGUGCAAAAUGGCAGUACAAGAUUCAGGUAGCUGACCCCAUAUGAUUGGGAAAAAACUUUCUUUGAGUUUCUGAAUACUUUCAGUUUUUUAUUCCUUUGAGUUAAGCGAGUACACAAAUGGUAUUAC